GAUGGUGUGGACAACAGGCAUAAAAACAUAGGCAAAUUGCAGGGUUUGUACGAACCUCGCCGCGCGUGUGAUUGUGGUUGCAAGGUAUAUUAAGCAAAAGGAGUGGUUUUUACAAUGCAUGCGCACCACUUUCUGGGCCUUUUGGCCUGUUGGCCAUACCUUCUUUUUCCUCGCACUAUGUAGCAAAUGUAUUGCUAUCGUGUAGUUGCCAUGUACAAAAUUGAGCAAAUGUUAACAUAAAAAAACAAACAUAACAAAACUAACCAAGAAAACUUGCAAGCAGCAUCUUUUUGGAUCAAAACAAUCCAGUCCAAAAUCCGAGAGGACCCUCUGCAGAAGCCCCACCGCCCGUCAAUUGUUAAUAUUGUUACCUAAGUUACAAAAUAUAUUUUAUCGAUAGGUCGAUCAAUUCUUACGGCAUUUUCUUUCAAACAAAGCGGCAAAAAUUUCAAACUAAUUUGUUAAAAUAACAAAUAAAGGAAUCGAAAAGAGAAACCUAUUAAACGCAAACAUGCAGGGACUGUUCAGAGAUCCGGCCCUCGACCGCCACUUCACUGGCCACUCGGGCACAAUCACCCAGCUCCGCUUCAGCCCCGAAGGGUCUCAGAUCGCGACGUCAUCGUUGGACGGCUCUGUGAUAUUAUGGAACCUGAAACAGGCGGCACGCUGCAUUCGCUUCGGAUCGCAUUCAUCGGCCGUGUAUGGAGUGUCGUGGUCGCCAAAGGGCAAUCUGGUGGCCUCCGCCGGCCACGACCGCACAGUGAAGAUCUGGGAGCCCAAGGUGCGCGGCGUAUCCGGUGAGUUUGUGGCCCACAGCAAGCCAGUGCGUAGUAUCGACUUUGACCCGACCGGCCACAUGAUGCUGACAGCCUCCGACGACAAGUCCGUGAAGAUAUGGCGCGUGGCCAAACGCCAGUUCCUCUCGUCGUUCAGCCAGCAGACCAACUGGGUGCGUGCCGCCAAAUUCAGCCCCAACGGCAAGAUGAUUGCCACCGUGAGCGACGACAAAUCGCUGCGCAUCUACGACGUCAACACUGGAGAGUGCACGCGCACCUUCACCGAAGAGCAGGGCGCCCCACGGCAGGUGGCCUGGCAUCCGUGGGGCAACAUGGUGGCCGUGGCCCUGGGAUGCAACCGCAUCAAAAUCUUCGAUGUGGGCGGCAGCCAGCUGCUGCAGCUGUAUGUGGUUCACUCGGCGCCCGUCAAUGAUGUGGCUUUCCAUCCCAGCGGAAACUUUUUGUUGUCCGGAAGCGAUGACUGCACCAUACGCAUUCUGGAUCUGCUGGAGGGCAGACCCAUAUAUACACUGACUGGCCAUACGGGGGCCGUAAAUGCUGUGGGCUUUUCCCAGGAUGGAGAGAAGUUUGCCACUGGUGGCAACGAUCGCCAGCUGUUAGUUUGGCAGUCUAAUCUGCACACCUACGAUGCCUCCCAGUUCGAGGCCAAGUCUGCCCGGCUCUCCUCCAGCUGCGACACCAGUGUAGCCUCCGAUUACCAGCAGAGCAACGCCAGCAGCACAGCCUUGUCGAACGACCACAGCAUUCGCAUCGAUAUGCGCGAGUCGCAGGCCUAUCAGAGUUUGAACAAAAACUUCCAGGUGCUUGACAGUGAACACACAAAGCUACCACAGACACCAAAAAGUGCCAGCAAAUCUUCUUUGCCUUCUUCGGGUGGUCAGCCGCCGCUGUCGCCCGCCAAACUGGUGUCCAAGGAGUUGGACUUCAAGACUCACAGCACCAGUCCACGCUUUUUUUAGUUUACUAGCCUUACACUGACAUUCCAUCCGUAAUUAAAUUAAAGUCAUAACCAGCCGAACCUUCCGCAGGUA